UAGUUAAGUAUGAAAGAGUUGUAAUACAAUAGAAAAGAAAAGAAUGGCGCCAUUCCGAAAACACGGUAUUCCAAGUUCAUAGGAUUUUCUGUCAAGAUCAAGUCCAUCCAUGCUCUCAAGCCAAUGAACGAUCUAAUCCGAGUGCUCUUAUCCACAUGGUCAUACGCCGGUAGCAGAGCAGGGCUUAGCGUUGGGAGCAGAGUGCCAAUCGGGUAUCUAGACGUCGGUUUGGUUUCUAUCGGGCUCAGAAGAAAGUGACACUUUGGACGAGGACUCGAGGGAUCCACCACUUGCGUCACAAUAGAAAUGGUAACAGAUUGACGACGCAUCAUCUCGUUAGGAUAGGGUGUUUUUUUAUGCCGACCGGGCAAGGAUGAUGAGAUGCCAGUGAGGAGAAAAUAAGAAGUCUGUCCCUUUUGAGAUCAGUUCCCAAUGAAUUGUGCUAGUGAACAGAUCUCCCGAUGAAUCGGUGGCAAAUGAAAGUAAAAUGUUCUCUGACUUUAAUGGUGGUCCUGGGUUUGGGUCCCAGUCAAGUGUCGUGUGACCCACAGUUGGAAUUCUCAUCCGUGGAUCAUCAUGAUCCGGAUGAGCAUUUAGAAACGUUGGUGGAACAUCCACAAGUGGGAACGGAAGAUCAUGACGGAGGAAUCAUUUCUUAUACAGGGUCCAGCCCUGAAUCUAAAUCUUAUGAAAUUCACGACACUGGAUACGUGGUUUCCAGCCCAGCUGCCCAACCUCCCCAGAGAGAUCCGAACCAGCACCAUGACAGCAAAAGCAUUUUCGGUCCAAGCAAUUCGCAUAAUGGUUUGCCCGAGCUUAUUUCACUGGAUGAAUUUGACCAAAUGGACGACAGUUUUGGCAAUGUGGCUUUCACCAACAGUGAAAACGUGGUUGUUCUCGAUCAGGAUUAUGUUUUAGGCGCGGAUGAGAUUGUUUUGGGAGAAAUCCCAGUAAAGGAACAAGCUUUUGGAGCAGCUCAGCGGAAGCAAGCACAUGUUCCGCCCGCAAUUGCAGCAAGAUCUUAUCUACCUGCAAGUCCAAUUCCAAGGCCUGCAAGGCAUCCGGGUCAACGAGGAGGCCUAAGACCCGGACCAGAAAGGAGACGUUUCAGACAAGAUCGCGGGCCAGAGCAGGGCUAUGGACCCCAGGAUAUUCAAUACGACGAGUACACAGACGAUUAUCAAGAAGAUUACAAUGAAUAUGGCCCAUAUAGGCCCAGAAGACCUGGAGGACCCGGAGGACCUGGAGGACCUGGAGGACCAAACAAACCAAGACGACCAGGCACUGGGAUUAGGGGACCCCCUCUUGGUGGAGAUGACGAAUAUACAGAUUAUGAAAGCCCCACUCCUUCUGGUCCAGAAGUUGGAUACAACAAUGGGCCCCCAGAAAGGUUUAGACCUGGGAGACCUAGAUUUCGAGGACUAGGUGGUCCUAAUGGACCAGGGGGUCUUUCAAGCCAAAUACUACCAGGACGGUCACCCCAACGAAGAUUUCGUAACCGGCCUGGAGGACCAGGUGGUCCCGGAGGUCUUGAAAAUUCUGAUAGUCUGGGACGCUUAGGUGGCCCAGGUGGCCCAGGAGGACUAGGAGGUCCAGGAGGCCCAGGAUAUACCCAAAACUUCAGACCAGGCCAACAAUACCGAGACGGAGCGGGGCCAAAUUUUCGAAGAAGACCAGGAUUUGGUGGGCAAGGUGGACCAGGGGGUCCAGGUGGGCGAGGAGGCCCGGGUAGACCAGGAAGACCAGGGGUGCUAGGCAGACCUGGAAACGGGUAUAGAAACGGGCCAAGUGGACCAGGCAAGUACAACAAUGGAUAUCGAAACGGUCCUGGAGGACCUGGACCACUAGGAGUAUUCAAUGGAUAUCAAAACGGAGUAGAAGAACCUGGGGACUAUGACGUCUAUCACGGAGGCCCAGAGGGGCUUUCGCCUAGAAGACCUGGGCUAAGAGGACCUCCAAAUCUCAAUGCACCCCAUGAAGAGAAGCAGGAUUAUCAGGAAUAUGACUAUCAAGAGGAUUAUGACCCAGAAUACACCGACUAUGACACGGAAUUACCACUUGGAAAUAGACCUGGAGGUCCAGGAGGACCGCUCAACCUUCCUGGGCCACCCAGAGGCCCAGGCAUACAAGGGAGGCUGGAGGGGCCCAAUGAUCAUCCACAUAAUUAUGAUUCAAGUGGACCUGGGGGACCCAAUUCAAUUGGGGGGCCAAGUGGUCCACCCGGUCUUGGAGAGUAUGAUUCUCCCCGAAACAGAGGCAAUGACCAAAGUAGACGAAGAUACCCGCCUCCCCCAUUACGUCGACGAUUCCCAGGAAGGGGUCCCCCGCGUUUUCGAGGAGGACCAGGUUUAGGGGGGCCGAAUCGUCAGUUCAGAAACAACAGACCGGGACGGCCAGGACGAGGCCCUCCAAGACGACCUAGAGUUCCACACAAUCUCACUCCAGACAACGGCAAUCACGCUCAUAAUUCCGAUUAUGACUACGAAGAGUACAAUGAACCUGCGAUAAAUUCCUUAGGAGAGGGUAUAGGCAGCGGAAUCGAGUUUGAUGGCGAAGAGAUUCCAAUUCUAAAAAAUGCCGAACCCCUUCCUGUUUAUUAUAAGGAGAUAGGUCCCAAAACCGAAUACCACACACGAGACCCAAACCCUCCCCUGCCUGAGGAAGGCAUGGACAAACUAUACAAGCUCUACAAACAGGCCAGGAGUCUUAACCAAACCAUUCCUUUGCACGGUUUUGAUGUGGCUACUGGGAGCUCGGUGAUUCAGAAACGCCUCUCGGGCAUAAACACAUUCAUUUCACAAAUAACAUCUGGCACAUUUGACGACUUGGUAGCAGCUGGCACCACCCUAGGAGAGAUCGUGGGCGUGUUCUUCCGUCAAUUUGACGCUCUGACCGCCUUGGGCAUCGUCGCAGCCCUCGAGACCAGGGCUGCCUAUGAUCCUGGAUUUAGGUCCAGCUUUCCGAAAAUUCUUCAACAGAACCCUUGGAUCUUACCACCCAAAAAGUACAAACUCGUCCCUAGGCGACCCGUUCCUAAACUUGUUCCGGUGAAACCUGUCGGGGCCGGUUUUGUGGGUAGACUGCCGUCUUUUAGGCCGUCUAUUGGGCAUGGCAGAGGUUUUGGCGACAAGAUCACCCACUCCCACGACUCGGAUGAGGAGACAUAUUCACCCGAGACAUCUUCAAAACACAACAAACGGCAGUAUGGAUUACGGAACGCGGACCAACCCAACACCCUUGUAAACGUGCCCGUUUAUCGACCCCCCGUCAGAAAUGAGAGCACAAACGACGUGCUUGUUGAGGACCACGAAACAGAAACCGUUCUUCCACCACAUGAUCGCUUUCACACCGAAAUUCAGUUCACAAAGGAGUUUGCACCACCAGACAUUCACAACGACCGGGGGUUUAUUCAGGGGAAACCUCAGGGUUUUCCUAGUUUGAAGCAGCUCAUUGUCACAGCCUUCCCCAAGAAGAAGCGAUGAUCCCCACAUCUCAAUCAUGGCAAUCCAUUCCAGCCAUCUUGUCAAACUCAUGUGCCAGAGGAUCACAUCUCGGUGGAGCCCGUAAUUCAUGUUGAAUUGUAAACUAGCGAUCCCAUAGUUGAAUCUAAUGUUAAUCAUAUUAAAAUCCAAUGUUCUAAUCGA